UUCUAUGACCUGUGCGAGCUGUUCAGGACCGGCGGUCAGGUCCCCGACACCAACUACAUCUUCAUGGGUGACUUUGUAGAUAGAGGUUAUUAUAGUCUUGAGACUUUCACUUACCUUCUUGCACUAAAAGCUAAGUGGCCUGAUCGUAUCACACUGUUACGAGGCAAUCAUGAAAGCAGGCAGAUAACACAAGUGUAUGGAUUUUAUGAUGAGUGCCAAACCAAAUACGGAAAUGCUAAUGCUUGGAGAUACUGUACCAAAGUCUUUGACAUGCUCACAAUAGCAGCUUUAAUAGAUGAGCAGAUUCUCUGUGUGCACGGUGGCCUCUCUCCAGACAUCAAGACACUCGAUCAGAUUCGAACCAUUGAGCGCAAUCAAGAAAUUCCUCACAAAGGCGCCUUCUGUGACCUGGUUUGGUCUGACCCAGAAGAUGUUGACACGUGGGCGAUCAGCCCGCGAGGAGCAGGCUGGCUCUUCGGUGCAAAGGUGACGAAUGAGUUUGUUCACAUCAACAACUUAAAACUCAUCUGCAGAGCACACCAGCUAGUUCAUGAAGGUUACAAAUUCAUGUUUGAUGAGAAAUUGGUAACGGUAUGGUCUGCUCCAAAUUACUGCUACCGCUGUGGAAAUAUUGCAUCAAUCAUGGUCUUUAAAGAUGUAAAUACAAGAGAACCAAAGUUAUUCCGCGCAGUUCCAGAUUCAGAACGUGUAAUUCCUCCUAGAACGACCACACCGUAUUUCCUCUGAGACCCUUCCCUGCCUGCUGUCUCCCUCUUCCCCUGUACUGUCCCUUUACAAUAUACUUUUUAUUGAGCACUUUGCUGCUGAAAUGCUGCCUCUUGCCUUUUUUAUUUUUAAAUUAUCUAAAUUUAUUGUGUAUUAUGGUGUCUGUAGCAAGUUUCUUUUUUUUCCCCUACCCUAGAUUAAUUUCAGAGUAUUUGUAAUAUGUCCUUGAAAUUUAUACUACUGCAUGUAGUACUUGCGUACUUCUGGGUUUAGAUGAAACGUUUUCCUUCUAACAACCGUGAUUCCCGGGAAGCAGCUCGGUCCCAGCGUGGUGUUCAGCUUUU